UACUCAGCUCCACUUAAUUACCUUAUUCCCCAUGGCUAUGGAUAGCGUUAGCCAUAUCCAUAAAUCCUCUCAAGAAAUUCAAUAUGAAGUUUCCUGACACGGUUUUGAGCAAAAUCCAAACAGAUAACCAACAAGCUUCUGCUCAAACAAAGGCCGCUCAUGGCCUCUUCUCUUCGCUUCAGCUGCGCAGUUCCUAUCUCAAUCUCCAGAUCGACAAAACCCAGAAAUCAACCAGCUAAAAUUCGCUGCAUAGGAUGGGACCCGGAAGGCGUGCUCGGAGCUCCGAAGCCAGGACACAUAGCGAGGCUGGAAUUCAAGCGACGUCUCGAUAAGGAUUCCGAGGCCCGAGAAGCAUUUGAACGCCAAGUCCGAGAAGAGAAAGACCGCACGCGAAGACUUCGCGAGUCUCGGGUGAUACCGGAUACUGUAGAGGAGUUGGUUGAGUAUUUUCUAGAUACUGAAGCUCAGGAGAUUGAAUUCGAGAUUUCAAGAUUGAGGCCUCGAUUGAAUGAGGAAUUUUUCUCGCACCUGAAACUUGAACUGGGAAAACUCAAGUUUUCUGUAUCCAAGACUCAGGAUGUGGAAGACAGAGUAAUUGAGUUAGAGACGCUGCAAAAAGCCCUGGAGGAAGCCACAGAAGCAUAUGAUAAAAUGCAAGCUGAACUCGUAACAGCAAGGGAGAGUUUGAAGAGAAUUUUACAAUCGAGUGAUGUCAAGGCAACUCUGUUGGACUUGGUUGGGGAGAACUCGUUGAAUAGGUCCCUAUUGACACUUCUUGAUCAAAACAUUGCAAGUGCAUAUCAGGGUAACCAGGUGAGGGAAUUCAUUUAUGAAAUGCUCUUGGCUCUAUUUUGUUUAGACGGAGGAUCGUUCUUGGUUCUACGAUUUGGCUUCAGAGAUUUAAAAUCCAUAAAAGUUCUGUAAAGCUCAAAAUUAUACCAAAUAUUUAGUAUGACAGAUACGAAUACUAACCUGUCGGUAAAGAACAAACAUUGGUUUUGAAGGAAAAUUAAACAAUAGGGCUCAAAGUCCAGAAAACACUUUUAAUGAAUCUACAGUAUCCAUGUUGGUUUCUGCAGUAUGCCUGAUAAACAUAGUCCUCGAACAUUUAAGGUCCUGCAAACAUAUGGACUGUUCUGAUCAUAGUCUAGUGUCCCUCACAAUUGCAUACAUCUGAAAUUCCACAGACACAGAGAGGUGUUUUUUUGCAGUGCUUGUGGUUCUUGUAUUCGUAGUUGUUCUCUUCUCACACUGAAUACCCGUCUACAGAACCCGGUUAAUCUGUCUAAAUAUCUACAUUCUCAUUAGCACCUUUUGAACAUUCCAAGGGGAUUUCUAAUUUUCUGGUUAUAUGAUCCUUUUGACUCUGUGCUUCUUCAACUUAUUCUUAUUUUCGGGUUGGAUUUUGAAAAUCUUAUUAUCUUCUAAACAUGAUGAUGCAGAAACAAGCUGCGGAAUACAUGGAAAAGAUUCGUGGUGCGAUGCUCAAGUAUAUCACUGUCUGAUUCAUGUAGAACGACGGUGAACCAAAGAUAAAUAUGUAUGUAUUUUUUACACUUGUGCAGAGAUUCUGAUUCUCAAAUUCAAGGUAUGAUGCGUUCAUCCUUCUGCAGUGAGUUUAGUUUUAUCAAAAUUUAUGAGCUUGGACAUGGCUUCGCUUUUAAGCCACGGUGUAGUAGUUUUGGUGGUUGUUUUUGUGGUCAGGAAUGUUGUAUAUUUCUUGAUGAAUGUAAAUUCCAAGACUUUGGAAUAAUAGUGGACUAGUUCAACUGCAA